UAUACAAAGCAGGAGACUAUUUUAAUAAAAUAACGGAGAAAAAAGAAGUACAUAUUAUAGUCAUGCUAUUGACCACAUGGAGAUGAGUCUCCCUUUUCCAACCUUUCUUCUCACUUUCCCAUUUCAUUCUCUCUCCUUCCCCAAAUUACAUCUCCACACAAACCAGCAAACAUCUCUCCCUCUCUAUCUCUUCGGUAGCUUGGAGCUUCACUCAUGGCCGCCUCAUCCUUCGCAGAUGGAGAAAGAGAUAUGGAGAAAAGUGGAAUGAUAUUACAGUCGAGUGAGAAUCAAAAUCCUAUGACUGAUCCUUCACCAACGCCUUCACCGUCUGCAACAGCAACCGCACCAGCUUUGGUUUUGUCUAAUUCAGGCAAGAAGAUGGACCAAGCUGGGAAGAAAAAGUACGUUAAGCAAGUCACGGGUCGGCACAACGACACCGAGCUUCACUUAGCAGCUCAACGGGGUGAUUUGGCAGCUGUACAGCAGAUUCUCAAGGACAUCAACUCUCAGAUGGAAGGGACUCUGAGUGGUGAAGAGUUCGAAGCUGAAGUCGCGGAGAUCCGAGCAUCGAUUGUGAAUGAGGUGAAUGAGUUAGGGGAGACGGCGCUCUUCACUGCCGCAGACAAAGGCCAUCUCGAUGUCGUCAAAGAGCUUUUGAAGUAUUCGAGUAGAGAGAGCAUUGCUAAGAAGAACCGUUCUGGAUAUGAUCCGCUUCAUAUCGCUGCCAUUCAAGGUCAUCAUGGUAAUGCUUCCUCGCCUCUUGGAUUGGCUUUUGGUAAAAUGAAGUCUCACAAACUGUUUCUUCUCUUAUGUGGAAUUAAAAAAUGGUUGUUUCUUGCAGCUAUUGUUGAGGUCUUGCUAGAUCAUGAUUCGACGCUUAGCCAUACGUUUGGCCCAUCGAAUGCAACUCCGCUUGUGUCUGCAGCCAUGAGAGGUCAUACAGAAGUUGUGAACCAGCUCUUAUCCAAAGCUGGGAAUUUGCUGGAAAUCUCUCGGUCUAACCAUAAAAAUGCAUUGCAUCUAGCUGCAAGGCAAGGGCAUGUAGAUGUCAUCAAAGCUUUGCUAGUCAAGGAUCCUCAGCUAGCAAGACGGAUUGAUAAGAAAGGGCAAACUGCACUUCACAUGGCAGUAAAAGGACAGAGCUCGGAAGUGGUGAAACUGCUGCUUGAUGCAGAUCCCGCCAUUGUUAUGCUACCGGACAAGUCUUGUAACACGGCUUUGCAUGUUGCCACAAGGAAGAAACGAGCAGAGAUUGUAGAACUAUUGUUGUCACUGCCUGAUACCAACGCCAAUGCUUUAACCCGGGAACACAAGACAGCACUUGACAUUGCAGAGGGGCUUCCACUCUCUGAAGAGUCUUCAUACAUAAAAGAAUGUCUUGCUCGCCGUGGAGCUCUUAGGGCGAAUGAGCUGAACCAGCCGAGAGACGAGCUGAGAAGCACUGUCACCCAAAUCAAGAACGAUGUUCAUAUCCAGCUGGAACAGACGAAAAGAACGAACAAAAACGUGCACAACAUUUCCAAAGAACUCAGGAAACUCCACAGAGAAGGGAUCAAUAAUGCAACAAACUCGGUAACUGUCGUGGCUGUAUUGUUUGCAACUGUUGCCUUUGCUGCUAUCUUCACGGUGCCGGGAGGAGACAACAACGACGGAUCAGCAGUGGUGGUGGGGCGAGCAUCGUUCAAGAUAUUCUUCAUCUUCAACGCGAUCGCAUUGUUUACUUCUCUUGCGGUCGUGGUGGUCCAGAUCACGUUGGUGAGAGGAGAGACAAAAGCUGAGAAGAGGGUAGUGGAAGUGAUCAACAAACUGAUGUGGCUGGCAUCGAUGUGUACAUCGGUGGCGUUUUUGGCGUCGUCAUACAUAGUGGUUGGGCGUAAGAACCAGUGGGCGGCUGAGCUGGUGACGGUGGUUGGAGGUGUGAUAAUGGCUGGUGUUCUUGGAACCAUGACUUAUUACGUGGUCAAGUCCAAGAGGACAAGGUCGAUGAGGAAGAGGGUUAAGAGUGCGCGCAGGAGCGGUUCCAACUCGUGGCAUCAUUCGGAUUUCUCAAACUCGGAAGUCGAUCCCAUUUUCGCGAUAUGAGAUGCAUAAAACGUAAUCAUGUAAAUAUAUUGUAUUUUGGUGAAGAGAGCUUAGACUAGACGAUUUUGUGUAUAAAGCCUGAAACAUCAAAAGGCAAACACAAUUGUCACAAAGUGUAAACACUGCUAAACUCAUUAUGUUCCAAAAACAAAAAAAAUGUUAACCAGUUGUCUUUAGAAACAAAGUAGAAUCAGAGUGGAUUGUGAUGCUGA